GAGUUUACACGGCACUAGCGUUGUCUCGUCUUUACCGGAAGGAAAAAUCGACGAUCAACCAUGGCUGGAGUUUCUCAAUUCAAUCCCUCUAGCUGCAUGGUCUUCUCUGCAACCUCACCGCAGCUUCAGUUCGGCUCCAAGCCCUCAAUUUUUCCAAUCAAUUCGAUCGGAAUUGGGGAGAAAGUGACGAAGAGGGGUAGGGUUUCCUCCGUUAGGGUAAGGUAAAUUUUUCGGGUCCGAGCGGCGGACGAGGACGAGGGGGGCCCGAUUUGGGGGAGCCGGCCGAGGAGGGGGCGGGAUCGGCGGUGGCGGUGGCGGAGGAGGAGAAACCUAAGGAGCCGAAGGAGAUUAGCAGUUUGAAGAAAGCCUUGGUGGAUUCGUUUUGCGGGACCGAUCGUGGGCUGAGAGCCUCAAGCGAGACGAGGGCGGAGAUUGUUGAGCUAAUUACGCAGCUUGAGGCGAAGAAUCCGACUCCGGCACCGACCGAGGCGUUGACUCUUCUUAACGGCAAAUGGAUUCUGGCGUAAGUUUGCAAAGAGAUUUAAGAUUUUUAAUUAAUUCAGGGAGUUCGAUUGUGUUAAUUGGUGCUUGUUUGUGAUUAUUAGUGGACUAAGAGUUACUCUUUCUUGGAAUUCUAUGGAGUUGAAAUCCUGUGACUACGUAAGUGGUACACUUAUUUUUCUUAUAAGAAAUACAGGUGUGAUGUGAUUCUAUCGGAAGUAUUGAAAAAUAAAUAUGUUACAUGUAACAAUUCCUGUUAGAGAACACGAAUUUAUUGAAAUUCAAAUCCAAAUUCAUGCUCCAAACGCUGCGGAAGAGAAGAUUCAAUCUAUUUUAGACGACGAAAGUUCCAUCGUGAACGGGAUGGGGAUUGUUGGGAAAAGCUAAUGUCACUAUCAAGCGUAUUCCAUCCCUACUCAAAUGGAAAGCUCGACUUAAAUGAUAUUCAACUCGUCAUGCCAAUGAGUUAGCUCGUUUAACUGCCCGCAGAACGGGAUGGGGAUUGUUGGGGGAAAGCUCAUGUCACUAAUCCCAGCUGAUGACUACAAAAACAAUUGGCCGAGCAAGGACGACGACGCCGAACAGAGAAACGCGACAGAAAGCAAGCUGUACAAAGCUCUGAUGGUGGGAGAAGAAGACAAGGUGGUGAUUGAGCUGUGCAACCGCAUGCCGGAGGGCCCAUUCCACAGCAUCACUGUCCACAGCGAUAGCGUCCUCCACGUCGCCACCUACUUCAAGCGUAGCAUCCUCGUCAUCCGUCUGCUCCAGGAGUUCGUUGACCUCGCCAACGCCACCCGGCUUACCCGCCAGAACGACGUCGGAAACACCGUGCUUCACGAAGUGGCCACCACCAAGGCCGUCGCCGCCGCAGCGAUUAUGCUCGCGAACUCUCCGGAGUUACUGAGCGUGCCCAACCGCCUGGGGGAGACCGCGCUCUUUCGGGCUGCCCGGUAUGGAAAGAAGGAGAUGUUUGAGUUUUUAGCGGCGAGGGUGGCCGAGGCCGCCGAAGAGAAUGAGGAAUUUGACCUCAGACGCCAUCUUCAGAGGGCCGACGGGACCACUGUUCUUCACAUGGCUAUUCUUGCCGAAUACUUGUGUGAGUUCAACUUUUCCUGCAGUUUAUGUUAAUUUUACCGCGCUACCUUUAAACUAGAGGAAGCCAUACGUCUGCAAGUAGUGAUUUCUCAGUGCAAAUACUUAAAGUUUCGCAAGGUUGGGUCAACACAAACAACACCUGUAAAAAAAAUUUAUAUUUCAUUUUCCUAUUAUUUUUUUAUUUUAAAAUAAAAUCCAACUAUAGGUGAUAAUCAAAUUUUGAUUC